AUGGAACACGAUAACACGGGAUGUUAUGUCUUGCUCUUGAACAUGUAUGCAGAAGCUGGAAGAUGGGAAGAUGUAAAUAGGAUCAAGCUUCUCAUGAAGAGCAAAGGCAUAUCUAGAACAGCGAGUAGCAGCACUGUUGAGAUGAAGAGCAGAACUCAUGUGUUCACAGACGGAGACAGGUCUCACGUGGAGACAGACAAGAUCUAUGAAGUUUUAGAUAUUGUCUCGAAGAUGAUUGGAGAAGAAGAAGAAGAAGAAGAAGGCAGCUGCUGUGUUCACUGCGUCUAG